AUGGAUACCAAAUCUAAUAAUGUAGUUGUACAAGUUCCUAUUGAUAUAGGAGCUAACUCUAGAAAUACUGAAGAAGGAUCUGAUAAGCUUUCCGGGUUUAAAGCAUAUACAGUGGCCAUGUCUGCUAUCUUAGGAGCAGGGGUUCUGUACAUGCAUAGUGGUGUGUUUGCCGGAGGAAUACUGGCCUGGGUUCUGGCCAUCGGGCUAUGUGGACUAAGCUUGACUUACAUAUCGCAGGCAGUUUAUCGCAAGAUACGCACCCUUGAAGAAGAGAAGAAAUUACUAGCACAAAGGAAAGAGGAACAACGUCUUUAUGAGCGUUUUAGACUUGAUAAGAGUCCGGAUGACCAGGAGGCGGGUGUUGAAGACAAAGGAGGACUAGAUUAUCCCAUUUUGAUUGAUAAAGGAUCGGGUACGGUUCAGAAGCUACUGAGCUUCUCUAUUGGGUUCCAGGGAGCAGCCUCGCUUAUUAUCUAUAUGGGAUUGUUGUUUAUUUGGUCGGCUGACAUUAUUAAGUUUCUUACGCCGGCCGAUUGGAUAGAUACAACUAAGCAAAAUGUCAUUAUUUAUGCAGUCUCAGGAUUGAUUGUACUAGUCUGUGGUAAACAUGCAAUAAAGCGGCCUGGAAAGGACAGUAAAGUCAUUACGACUUUAUCAGCUCUUUGCAUUGCAGUUUUAUUUGGGAUAGUCUUAUCUAUGCUUUUGCUUAUUAUUUUCAAUCCUAAUACUGCUAGUAAUACGCCUGAGACCUUUACUUCAGAGUCAGUAAAGGGUUUGGCUGCUGGAGUGCACUUCCCAAGCUUGAGUUUCAUAAGUGGAACGGCCUCAAUGUUGUUUGCCCUUUGCUCCCAUCAAAACAUUCCUAUCUACCAAUCUAAAAUGCAAGCUAAACGUAAACGAACCUUAGUAUCAGUGGCUUUUGGGGCUCUAGUGAUUAUGGGUCUCUUCUUUUUGGGAAUUGGAGCUAUUGGAUACUUUGUGGUGUACAACCCGGUUAAUGCCAGUAAUCCGUCCUACUCACCUAAAGAUAUCUUAAGUGAACUCAGCCAAAUACUCUCUGAUCCUUCCGGUUCCAAAGUCAAUAGCUCGUUACAAUCUAUCUUCAAAUGGUUAAUCGCUGGCAUUAAACUAUCUAUGUUCCCGGUGCUAAUCAAUGCUUUCAUGUGGCAGAGCAUAACAUAUCGAACCGUGCUUUUGAGCGCAUUAAAACGCCCGAUCAAGAAGCAUACUGGUCAAAGUGAUAAAAGCUCUGGUGUAAUAGUGACGGCUGGAAUUAUAAUUACAGCAAUUACAUUCCUUGUGGUCUUAUUGCCAAUCAACCUAAAUGACGUAAUUGUCAUUGUGGGUGGCGCAGCUACGUCAUUUAUCGUCCUAUUCGUUCCAGCCUAUCUUAUUAUAACUAAGAAAAUCAAAAAGUCAGAUAAGCUUGCUUGGUAUGAUUGGGUUGCAGCUGCUAUUCUUUUAUCGGCCUUUGUCGGUCUGUUUUCAUACGUUGUUAUAUAUGGAACAAUCGAGAAAGUAGUUGCUGCUACUAAUGUG